AUGGGUAGACUAAGUAAGCGUCGAUUACAUUCUAAAAAAGCUGCACAAAAAAGUCUUGAAAGUAGACGUAAAUCUAGAAUUUAUAAGCAAUAUUUUUCUAAAGUAGAUGAACAACAACUAAACUCAACCUGCGAAAUGAUUGAAAAAUUAUAUUAUAAUAA